UUUAUUUACCUACGAGAGUCAGUGUGGUCCGGACCAUCUCUUCUUCCCUUUGCUUCUUCUUCUCAACAUUAUAACGCGACGAAGAUUCUUGUUUCAGACUAAAGAAUCUGGAGAAGCUUUUUGUCCAAUUCCCUUUAGUGUGCAGUCGAUUUUGAGUAGCGGUUAGUGCGGUAGUUAGUUAGGGGGGGGAGAAGAAUGACAACGACUGGGUCUAAUUCUAAUCACAACAACCGCCAACAUGACGAUGGUUCUGUAACCAACAACAACAAUAACAAUAACCCUAGUAAUAGGUCUUGGGGCACGGUUGUUUCAGCUCAGUCGGUAUCCACUAGCGGCGGCAGUAUGGGCUCCCCGUCGAGCAGGAGCGAGCAAACAACCACUGUGGCUACUACUACAUCUGCUACCGACAGUGCCUUUAUACAGCUGAAUAAUUUGGAUAUUCAGGGUGACGAUGCUGCUUCUCAAGGACCUGCUUCUGGUGUCAAGAAGAAGAAGAGAGGACAGCGUGCGACUGGUCCUGAUAAAACUGGAAGAGGCCUACGUCAAUUUAGCAUGAAAGUUUGUGAAAAGGUGGAAAGCAAAGGAAGGACAACGUACAACGAGGUUGCGGACGAGCUUGUUGCUGAAUUUGCACUCCCAAAUAACGAUGGUACACCCCCUGAUCAGCAACAGUAUGAUGAGAAGAACAUAAGAAGAAGAGUAUACGACGCUCUAAACGUCCUCAUGGCUAUGGAUAUAAUAUCCAAGGAUAAAAAAGAGAUUCAGUGGAGAGGUCUUCCUCGGACAAGCCUAAGCGACAUUGAAGAAUUAAAGGCUGAAAGACUCUCACUUAGGAACAGAAUCGAAAAGAAAACAGCAUACGCCCAAGAGCUGGAAGAACAAUAUGUAGGCCUUCAGAAUCUGAUACGGAGAAACGAACACUUAUAUAGCUCCGGAAACGCUCCUAGUGGCGGUGUUGCUCUUCCCUUUAUCCUCGUCCAGACUCGUCCUCAUGCGACCGUAGAAGUGGAAAUAUCAGAAGACAUGCAGCUCGUUCAUUUCGAUUUCAACAGCACUCCAUUUGAGCUCCACGACGACAACUUUGUCCUCAAGACGAUGAAGUUUUGCGAGCAGCCGCCAUUUAACAACGCUCACAACAAUAACAGCCAACAAACUUCUCACAAUAUUCUCAUGCUUGAAAACAAUAACCAAGGCCCUAGCACCGAUCCAGCGCCGCCUCAGCCAGCGGAUAUGUACCAGUCUCAUCCUCAGUUACCUCAAAAUCAUCAACUGCAUUCUCAGCCACGUGUUAUUCCUACGCCUGUGACUAACAACGACGCUGCUCAGGCGACAUCACCGUCUGUCUCGGUGAAGCCGGAGAAGUAAAACACAGCUGAAGCUCAACAGUCAUUGUACAAUAUCUGUAAAAGUAAAACUGUUAGUCUUAUUAAGAAAGAAAAUAAAACUACCUGUUUUUUUUUUUUGACAAAGAAAGAGCUUAGCGGUAAAUUUGUACUGAUGGUGUACCGGUUUGGUAAUACCAAAUCUAGGAUUGCUUUCUAAACCAGUUGGAGAUUGCGAAUUUGGGUUA